AUGGCUAAUAAUAUAAGCUCAAUAAGGGCUUUAUUUAAUUUGAUCAACUACGCUCUGAAGUCGACUUUUAAUUAAUGUCGUUCUAGCUUAAGUCUUCCUAAACACUAGGUGGUGCUAAAUAAAUAGAACUGUAGUGAUGUCCGGAAGUUUGAGUCGGGUGCUACAUGUGUUACACUUGCCGAGUUAAACUCUUCUCUUCCAAUAUGGACCUAAACGCGAAGAAUACGAGCUCCCAGUCUUUACUGUCCUGUGGAAACGGCGGAGGUCUCAGUGAGAAGCUCCUCCUUAGGCCCAGAGCUGGCAGAUCCCUACAGACGGAGCGAGUACCGAGGAGCAGUGUUCUGGAGCGCCUGCAGAGCUUCCUGCCUCAGAUGGCCGAGGCCAACGAGAAGUUAAAGCAGCAGAUGGAGGAGGCUCCUGAAGGGCGCUUUGACAUUGAGAACGUGGACGAGGCAGAAAGGGUCAUAGAGAUGGAUGUAGCUGUGGUGGAGCUUAAUGAGUCAGGCAGCGAGUCUGAUGAUGAUGAGGAGACGUCAGAGUCCGAGGUGGAAUCAGACUCUGAGCCCAGCGUCACAGAGGGGAACCUAAGACUACCCGGAGACACAGGGAAGAAAAAAGCCAACAUCCAGGUCCUGCAGCAGCAAGGGGAGUAGAUGAGACAACUGCAAAGAUGUUCUGUUGGACCUUCCUCUCUAUGGGAGCUGGUGUUCGAAUUACCCGGCAUAUAACGAGAUGGUUAGCAGAAUUCUCCAGUGUGGAGAAUGGCAGAUUUUCAUCAUCCCUAUGGGAGUUUGUUAUGCACCAGUAUAAGCUGGGACAGAUGAUGGGAUUACCUCUCCUUUCCAUGUUUAAGCUCAAAACUCUACACCUGUGGAUUCCUAAUGCUGUGCUGUUUUUAUGUUGCGCAACAGUUUGCUUUUCUGUUUUAUUAUCAAUUCAAAGGAUUGUGAAAACACCUGUUUCAUGUCAGUGUAUAAAAAUGAAUGAAAAUAGGAGUAGCAGAACAACUGGGGAAACUUCCUCUGAAGUAACUGAAGAAUACCACAAAGGGACAGCGAUGAAACAUACACAGUAACUCAGGCCCACUGUUAAGUACAGUAGAGGAUCUGUAAUUCUGUGGGCCUGUUUCUUUUCUAGAGGCCUUGGAAUCAUGUAGUGCAGCAUGGACUCUCUGUAAAAUCACAUUUUAAAUUGAAAUCUGGGAGUCCUGUUUAGAAAACAGUAGAUGGGUCCUCAUCGAGUUGUUUCACAGGACAAUUAUCUACUUUAUAUUAAUGUAACAAGUUAAGGUCAGAAAUGUGCGCAAAUUACACGUUUAUACAUCGUUUCCUCAGAGCCACACUAGGAAGCGACAGAUAUUCAUAUUUGUGAUCAUUGGAGUAAAAUUACUUAGAAGUGACCGAAGCUUAUUUAAACUUGUGUUUUGCAUUCGUUCCUAAAUGAUGAACAGGAAGUAAAUCAUUUCAAAGUUCUACCAGAUAUGCCUCCCCAGCAUUUUAUUUUCUGGAGUUAUGCUGAACGAACUUAAAUCCAGGGUCAUUAAGACCGCAGGUCAUUAGACUCUGAGGAAGGCUGACUCAGUAGAGUGCCUUUUCUGAAAUGCAGAUUGAAAUUUGUUCAAUAUGUUAGUCAUUGAGCGCAUCUAAAAGCUGUCGUGUAACACCCUUUUUAAGAUUUUUUUGAAUUUUAAGACAAUUUAGAAAGUCAUCUUUUGAAAAGGGUAUAAAUUGUACAGAAAGUUGAAAAAAUGCGCUGUUGGGUUUGCAUGAAGUGAAUGUAUUUAGCUUUUAGUUGGCAUCAUCCUCUGGUUCCAACACUGGUCCACAUGGUGGUUCUGAAAAGCACAUUCCCAAGCCUUUUUUAGCAGUACAUAAGUAAAAUAAAAAUCAAACAAGGA